CUGGGGCACCAGGAGAGCCGCUCACAGUUUAUGUCCCUCAUCCAGCCCCUGUCCACGGCCAACAGCUCCCUGCACUCCGUCCUCACCUCCAUCUACCAGGAAUAUUUCUCUAAGACUGAAGAGGAUGAGCUUGAACUUGCAUUGACUCUCUCUCUACUUGAAAUGCAAGACCACCACCUGUCAACCCCCAGCAAAGAGUCCCGACCUCAGCUACUUGGAGACAGACCAAAUCUGAGUAGCUGUGUUCCACUGACCUCAAUGUCUAAUUCUAAGGGAAACAGCCACACUCAGGCGGUAGAUGAAGUUGGCAGGAAAAAAAACACAAACUUACCACAAACUGGACCCUGGGGUAAGGUGAACUCACCACAGACCACCCGAGAGUCUGAGCUUAAGAAAGGCGCACAUUUUGACAAUUAUAAUAAGGAGACACCAGGAACAAAUCAGACUGUGUGUGUCCCAAGAUGGCCUGCUUCAUUCUCCAAGCAAGACACAGUUGAAGAAGGUGACCAAUUGAUGGAUGGAGAGUUGAAUCAAUCACAGAAAUCAAAACGUUCUAAGAACAGGCGACAGCGACGUAAAGGGAAUAGCCUGCAUGUUGUAGGUUUGCCCCGCUCUCCAUCAGUGCCACCACCUGUAUUGUUAUGGUUCCGCAGGGACUUGCGACUCUGUGACAACCCUGCUCUUUCUGGCUCAUUGGAGGUGGGUGCACCUGUCAUUCCUGUCUUCAUCUGGACUCCUGAAGAGGAGGAGGGACCUGGGAUUACAGUGGCUAUGGGCGGAGCUUGUAAAUACUGGCUUCACCAAGCUUUGUCUUGUUUCUGUUCAUCUCUGGAGCGCAUUGGCAGUAAUCUUGUCUUCCUCAAGGCCAGUGUAGAGGGGAAUAAGGCUGGAUGUUCCCUGCGUACCGUUAAAGAGUUGGUAAAAGAGACUGGUGCGAAAACAGUGCUGGCUAAUGCCCUUUAUGAGCCCUGGCUAAAAGAAAGGGAUGACGUGUUAGUGUCAGCUCUGCAGAAGGAUGGUGUUGAAUGCAGGAUAUUCCACUCUUACUGUCUCAGAGACCCUUACUCUGUCAGCACGGAGGGAGUUGGACUCAGAGGGAUAGGUUCAGUGUCUCACUUCAUGAGCUGCUGUAGGCAGAAUCCAGGGUCUGCAUUAGGGACUCCCCUGGAUCCUCCAGUAUCUCUUCCCACACCUGUCCACUGGCCUCUAGGUGUGUCUUUGGAAUCGCUAGGUCUGGCACGCAUGCCCCGCAGGAAAGAUGGCACAACGAUUGAUUGGGCAGCUAACAUACAUAAGUCGUGGGAUUUCAGUGAAGAAGGAGCACAAGCCCGUCUAGAGGCCUUUCUCCAUGAUGGUGUUUAUAGAUAUGAAAAGGAAUCAGGCAGGGCAGAUUUUCCAAAUACCAGCUGCCUGUCUCCCUACCUUCACUUCGGUCAGCUCAGCCCUCGCUGGUUAUUGUGGGAUGCCAAACAGGCACGCUGUCGACCACCGAAAUUUCAACGCAAACUGGCGUGGAGAGACAUGGCUUACUGGCAGCUAACACUGUUUCCUGACCUUCCCUGGGAAUCUCUCAGGCCUCCAUACAAGGCUCUGCGAUGGAGCAGUGAUCAUGGCCACCUGAAGGCUUGGCAGCGAGGUCAAACCGGCUAUCCUUUGGUGGAUGCAGCCAUGAGGCAGCUGUGGCUCACCGGCUGGAUGAACAACUACAUGAGGCAUGUGGUGGCGUCUUUUCUCAUUGCAUAUCUCCAUCUGCCCUGGCAAGAAGGCUACCGCUGGUUCCAGGACACUCUGGUGGAUGCAGAUGUUGCCAUAGAUGCUAUGAUGUGGCAGAAUGGGGGCAUGUGUGGUCUGGAUCACUGGAACUUUGUAAUGCACCCUGUUGAUGCAGCAAUGACCUGUGACCCCUGCGGCUCUUAUGUUAGGAAAUGGUGUCCUGAACUUGCAGAUUUGCCUGAUGAGCUUAUUCACAAACCCUGGAAAUGUCCCACAUCCAUGCUUCGCCGUGCAGGUGUGGCGUUUGGUCAGACAUAUCCUGAGCGAAUUGUAACAGACCUGGAGGUGAGGAGGAGUCAGUCUCUGCGAGAUGUAGCCCUGUUGCGGAAAGAGUUUGGACAGUAUGUGGACAAGCACACAGGCUGUGACUUGGUCCCUCUGCCCCCACGCCUGGUCUCUGAGGCCCUGGGCUUAUCACACAUCGCUGGGGGUGUGGUGAAGCAGUUCCUUCUCCCUGUCAUCACCCGCAUGGAAUUCAAACACCAGCUUGAAGAUCCGGAUGCAGACGCUGCCUCAAAUCCCUACAAUGCUGUUCUGAAGGGAUACGUGAGCCGUAAGAGGGACGAGACCAUUGCUUUCCUCAAUGAGAGAGACUUUACUGCUAGUGUGAUGUAUGAGGGAACCCAGAGAAAGGAGAGGCUGGAGAGUGAUCAUCACAGAAUGGAGGGACUCCCUCGACCUCCAGUGCCACGUGGCAGGGCGAGGCGAACUCCAACUGCCAAGGACAGGUUCUCUAUAGUACCUGGUGGGACAGUUACCUCACUCAGGUGAUCCAGAGAUAAAAACGGAAAUGUUAUAGUUUAUCAGUGGACAGCUCCUAGCUGUAAGCUGCAAAAUGUUAC